AUGGCUGCCAGCUGCGACGAUGGCGCCUGGGACCCCAUGCGGCGCUACCCGAAGACCUCCGAGCGCGGCGAGGUGGUAGGUUUCUGGGUGCAUCGUGACCAGGUGUAUUGGCAUGCCCACAAAGAACGUGAAUGGCAAGACUUGUCCCACUAUGACUACAACCACUGGUUCCCGAGAGACCUAGGCAAGGGAUACAGUAAGGACAAGGACGAGUCCGAACAUGUGAGGCCAGCCCCAUAUGCUGGUUCUGGCAAAGGCGCCAAGCCUUCGGCGUCUCCCUCGCCAGCUUGGCAGAAAGGAGGUGCCUCGUCAUCGUGGACUCCGAGGCCUCCUGCGCCGCCGACACGUUCUGCCGACUCGCGGCACUACGACCAGAAGAAAUACUGGCAGAAGAAGUGA